AUGGAGAUCGUUGACGGAUCCCCGCUUUACCAGGGACCUGGUUGCAACUUGUCUAACCCCAAGUAUGGCUACGACUUUGUCAUUUCGACUACUCAAGCUAGUAUAAACUCGGAUCUGUGCAUGUACUUGCACAACAACACUUUACCUUGUAACUAUUUUUGCUUCCUCUCGAAUCCCUCAAAUGCGAAUGAAGUGGUCCCAGUCACCUUGGAAGACCUUGUUGCCAAAACAGGCGGGGUUGAUCCCUUCAAGAUCCCAUGGGAUACCCCGCAUACAGACCCUCGGGUUCAGGCGCUAACCAAGGUGGGAUUCGCCGUCGGUGUCAAGGUCCGCAUGGGGCUUCCUCCAGGUGUAGAGCCCAAGGAUCUCCCCCCUAUUCUAGAGCUUGUCGAUAAUCCCCAGUUCGCAAGGUUCAAGAUCCUAUUCUCCGACUUUCAUGUUGUUGAGAAUGAGUUGGUGAAUUCCGCCAGCCCUAGUGGUAAAUGGAGCGUCUGGAAGCAGCAGCCGGGUCAUCCAUGGAUUCUCCAAACAUUUGUCAACCUUUUUCAUGCGAGUCUCGACAAUCAGCUGAAUGGUUCAAUCCACUUCUCUCAGAAUCCUGCCAAGAAGAAAUGA